GUGCGUUCGAAUGGAAACGAUAUUUUUCCUCUGGUCGGUGGCCGCAUUUAAUUUUCGAACCCGAUUGCGCCCGGCACGCUUCCGAGGCGUCGGGAUGCGUCACGUCGGCGCAGCGUCAUCGACGCCGAAUCCGACGUCUCGUGCAGGCCCGUACGAUGAGUUACGCGAGACACGUGUUGUGUCUGAAAAACUGCAUCGCUAAGAUGUAACCUGUUUACAAAACUUUUAACCGUCGCAAGGGUCUUUGCCCACUCAUGUUCAUAAAUGAAUGUUAAUAAAAGAGGACAGCACGCAAUUAAUGUGCCCUGAGAUAUCCAAAAAUAAACUCGAGUAUUCGUCUGCAAUCAGAGCGCAAAUACUGCGAGCGAAUAUUUUUUAAUAAAAAAAAAGAAGGAUUUUUUAAAGGAAUUUUAAAUAAUUCUUGUUUAGUGGUGUGGGAGUUGCAAGUCGAAGCACCCCUGCUCGAUUCACCCCUGACGAAAGCUGACUAGGACGCCAUGUCGACGUUCACCCCUAUAGUUCGUCCUCGUUGCCACCCCCGUUACGUCCCCAGCUGACCGUGAAUCCCGAGGAACACGCGUAAAGGAUCGUGUCGCAGCCAGGAUUCAUCGCACCAGGUCAAUCUCGCUAGACGAAUCUGGGCUAUGAAUGAAGACCCAACCCUUCCAUUUCGAGGUAAUCGUUGUUUUUCACAAGUGUUUGUGUAUCGACAGGCGGAAUGGUCGUCGCGUAUAUUCGUCACAUCGGCCGGAUUGCGUCAUUACGAAUCAAUUUUUUCCUCUGUGUCAUCGAGAUUGGAGGAGGACCCGCGGAACGAUAGGGGUAUACCUCGGCCGCCGACUGAGGAUGAGCAAAACCAUCAGAGUUUUAAUAGUGUUACUGUUAUCCGUGAUCCCCUGGCCAGGACCGAGCGUGUUUAAAAUAUCAUGCCCCCGUGAUCGAGCGUCGGUGGUGAGGAGGAUCGUUCAGAAGAGAUGGAUGCCCAUUCUGAAGAAGUACCAAGUAGAGCUGCCGUUGGAGUGCCCGUUUCACGAGAGUCGCGACAUUUUUCGGCCUCAACAGAAGGCGAAGCACCAGCACAGACCGUCCCAAUGGACGUGCGGCCUGUGUGGCAAGUCCUUCUACGCGGAGAAACACUUGGAUGCCCACUUCGAUAACAGACACAAAAGCAACGUCAACACGGCGGAGGACGCGGUGUGCCUCGCGGACUACUGCGACAUCAUGAGAUGCGAUGUGCUGGGUAACCGGGAUUUCGAGAGUUCCCUGGUGGACGACGAGGCAGCCCACCACACCACGGACAUCCAAGUGUGGAAGGAAAAUACCGAGCAACGUUCCACCUCGGUGAUGCCGUGCGAGUCGCGAGGACUCUCCAGGUCGACGUAUCCGGUGGAGAAAUCCUGCACGAUGUCCGGGGGUGUGGCGGUCACCAACAUCCAACGAUACUGUCACCGAGAGGACAGCGGGGCGCUCGAGAAUCAUCGUCUACCUGGCACGGCGUACCACGUGGAGAUCGCUGGACCCGACAACAAGAGCAACGCCUGCGACAACGAAGAGGAGGAGGACGAGGAGGACGACGAAGACGACGAGGAGAACCUGGUGGAGGCGGCAUUACCGGCCGUCGACAAGAAACAGAGGCGCAAAGGUCUGCACCUGAGAAAACUCAAGUCCAACUGCAAGCCGGAAGAGCUGCAGAAGCUGAAGCUGCAGUGCGAAAUAUUGGUUCGCGAUUGCAUCGCCGGACUACUGACGAACUUAUCCGUUCGAGAUUUCCAGGAGAUCGAAGGGGAAUUAAAUCGCGCGAUAUGCUGGUACCUUAGUUGCGACAGGUACUGGGAGGACACUAAAAGGCAGCAAAGGCACACACCUUGGUACCUGUUGACCAUUUUUCUGGUCGUACUCUCCUCCUCCAUAUACGCUUGCUAUUAUGUCAUUUGGGUCCUGUUCAAUUCAGCGGAGGAAGACAGAUUAGACGGGACCGGAAGUAUGGACUACACGGAUGGAGAUUACACGGCUACGUCACCGUUACACGAUCCGAGUGGUCUCGGGGAGAGUAGAUCAACAGACAGAAGAAAAGGCGAACCUGGGGACGAGAAUUUACCUAUUUCGAACGAGGACAUGCCCGAUCAUUACAUCUACGUAGCCUAUCCACCCGAGCUAAAGCGGCGAUUACUGGAGAGCUGCUACAACAGAACGACACGACUUUGAAUCGAAGACAUAGGGGAAAUACAGGCAAAAAUUCGAUCGAGAAAGCACGGACAGCUCGAUCCAUUCCACCAGUCGGUUCCAUGGCUGACUUCUCACACUUUUGUUUCUCCAAACCUUAAUCCUCGUGUUUUGUAUACCAACUGUGGGAAUAAAUUGCAAAAUGUACACGACAAGGCGAUCUCUGUUAUUCGAAUCAAAAUUCGAAUGCAUUGAACGAUUAUUUUUUAAUAACUAGGUGGGAGAAGAGCGUGGGUCUGGCCCCUCCAAAAAUUGUGGACUGUCUCCAUCAUUAAGUUUCUAGAAUUCCAAAAUUCUAAUCUGGCCCCCCAGAAAAUGAUUACAAUAAAUUAUAUAACAGGCGAACAAAAGUUUAAUUCCACUCUCAGAAAAUUCAAAUUCAAUUGUACAGAAUGAGGAAGAUGGAGAGAGGCGAUAAUACCUCUGUCGUUUCAUGAUUCGGUUUUAUUUGUAAACUCGAGGUUUUCUAGAACCAGUAAGUCAUCUUGAUGGACCCAUCCGAGUCCCUUUGCGUGUCCAUCACGCUAGACUGACGGACCAAACGGCGCACACUAGCACCGCUCGGUCUUUGUUGGUCUUCUAGCAAUCUCUGAGGAAUCGGUGCCUCCGGUACUUCGUGCAUCUCCACCGUCUCUCUUGCUGAAAGAUCCUCAUAAGAAGCUGCAGCUGAUGAAGGUCUGCAAAUGUAAUUACAAAGGUUAUCGAUGGAAUUUCGAAGAAAUAAGAAUGUACAUCUAUUAAUGGUUUCGCACUUGAUUGGGACGCAACGGAAGCAGUCGGCACAUGUCCAAUCCUUCCCGAACAACUCCCCUUCCUCCACGGUUUGAGGCAAUCGAUGAUGGAGAGUCUCGGGUAAACGCAAGCCAGACAGUCCACCGAUAACCGAUACCACGCCGAGAAUUACUAACGGCAACACCAAGUUCUCCUUACCCUGCCAGGAAUGACGUAAAUGCUCUUAUACGAUUCGUUCGACAGUGGAAAAGACGAGAUAAGCCUAUUUACGAUCACUCACGAGAUACGUAACAAAAGGAAUGAUGAUAAGUCCGAGACCACUGAUGUAAGCAGAGAAACCAAUCGCUAUGCCGCGCAGUUGCGUGGGGUAAAGUUCACCAGCGAACGGGUAUAUAAUUAGAAAAGAGGCCGAUAUCGCGGAUUUCGAUAGGAGGAACAAAAUCAACGUGGUCACCACGGCAUCUGUAAAAAAUAAAAACGUAAAAAUUAGAGAAAAGGGAUUGAUUGAGGUAUCAGUGACGCAAUUAGGGGUGGGGGGAUUUAACGAAACAAACAUAUUGACUGUAUUGAUAGUCAAUGAAAAAAAUUAUAUUCAUACUUUCAAGAUUGUCUGAACUUCUCAUGAUAUCAAUGUUUCAAGAUUUAUUGCCGGAGUAAUGGAGUUGUUUCUUUUCUAAAUGAUAAGGAAUUGAAGUCGAGUACCCGGUGACAAGAGAACAGUGGCGAUGCACGAGACUCCAGCGACGACCAUGCUUAAACAAAGAGGCCAGCGACGACCCCAUCGAUCCAUCACGACCCAACAAGCCAUAUAACUUGGAAUUUCUGCGAGGGAUGAGAAAAAGAAACUCAGGUGUUCUUCGUUCCCCAAUGCCGGGCCAUAGUACGACAAACCCACGUACACCAUAUUAUUAGCAAACCUAAAAAAGAAAUUUUUUAUUAAAAAAUUUUUAAUUAUUUGAAAUUAAUUUUUCUGUGACUAAAGUGGCAGUCUGUAGACAGAUCUGGAAGAAAAACAAAAACAAUGACGAGCUACUUUAAGAAUAAACAAACCUCAGAGUAGCAAAUAAAAUUAUCUCGAGGACUGUGCCAAAACUUAUUUUGAUCGAAAAUAACAAACAUAAAAUUGGAAUGUUGACGUAUCGCCUUAUCAGCUGUUUGGAUUUUGAUUUUACCAAUUCAGAGUGAUCAAGCAUGUUUUCAGACGCAUAUUCGGAGUCUUGAAAAGGGACAAAACACCAGGUCCGCUACGUAAUCGUUCCUCCUCGCUUUUCGACCGUGACAUCAUCAUUCGUUGCCGUAAUUUCUGCGUGAAAGAAGCUGGUAACUCUUUCCCGUUUACCUUUGCCAGCCUCUCGAGGAUAUCGUUAGCCUCGAUUAGGCGACCCUUCGCCAACAACCAUCGAGGCGACUCUGGGAGAAACCUGUUUUACAUAAAAAUGACUAAUUUAAUUUCUAAAUUGUAAUUUUACACUGAGAAAUAAAAUAGGUGUAGUGGUAAAUUAGAA